AUGGCUCGCACCAAGCAAACUGCGCGCAAGUCUACAGGCGGGAAAGCUCCUCGAAAGCAGCUGGCCCCCAAGGUAGCCCGGAAGAGUGUCCUAGCUACUGGAGGCGUCAAGAAGCCGCACCGCUACCGGCCAGGCACGGUGGCUUUGCGGGAGAUCCGCCGCUUUCAGAAGUCCACAGAGCUGCUGAUCCGCAAGUUACCCUUUCAACGCCUGGUGCGGGAGGUCGCGCAGGACUUCAAGACAGACCUGCGCUUCCAGAGCUCAGCGGUGACGGCGCUGCAGGAGGUGUGCGAGUCCUACCUUGUGGGGCUCUUUGAGAAUAUCAAUCUGUGCGCCAUCCACGCUAAGCGUGUCACCAUCAUGCCUAAAGACAUCCAGCUCGCGCGCCGCAUCAGUGGAGAGCGAGCCUAA